AUGGCCAACUCAUCGCCCGAUUACUCAAUGUUCGUCCCCAUCGUCACCUCUUCCGUCCUCUCAGCGUUUCCAACUUCUGUUUUUGUAACAAAACCCGGCCUGCACCACCUCCGCAAGCGCGACAAGCCCCUCCGCACCUACGGCAGACAACCCUCCACCCCCGAAGCCCAAAGCGAGCCACCUCUCAAAAGACGAAGAUUUUCCGCUGUCAAACAGCAGCAGCAGCAGCAGCAGAAGCAGCAGGACGAGGAGGCGGAGGAGGAGGGGGAGGAAAAAGUCACCGCAACUCCCGAAAGCUCAAAUGACGCCCCGGGAGCAGAGGCCACACCAACAGAAGCCUCAUCUGAGACAAAAACAACCCAAGAUGCCCCGAAUGAGAUCAAGCCCGACACCAAGCGCGCCGCCUCAUCCAAGGGGUCUAUCCUAAGCUACUUCAAACCAGCUCCAGCUCCGUCAAAACCCACCAAAGACGAGACACAGCCUCCAUCACAAGAGUCUCAAUCUCAGCCAGAAGACGCACCAUCAUCACCCCCAACAUCAUCACCCCCGAAGCGAAAACAAUCCGUGAGAAGAAGACCACGACUCCUCAAAAUCAAACCUCUCACGCACGAAUCCCAAGCCGAGUCCUCCUCCCAAGACCAAGACGUGGCCCCUCCCCAUUCAUCAGACGAAACAACAACCCCCCAAUCCCGCCGCCCUCUCAAGAAAACAGCCCCCAACACCAUCGCAAGAAAGGCAUCAGAAUCCGAACCUUCAUCAACCUCAACAACAACAACAACAACAACAACAACAACAACAACAACAACCCACUCACUCUCCUCCCCCCGAAAAACCUCCCUCCGAAACCUUCAAAAGCCCAGACCCUCCAAACCAGCAUCAUCAUCAGCAUCAUCCCCAUCCAUCCAGACAACACUCAACAUUUCUUCCAAGGCAGCCUUUUCCGAAUGCAAAAUCUGCGACACAGUCUGGAACCCGCUCUACCCUGACGACGUCAAGUUCCACAACAAGACGCACAAGGCUGUGCUGAGGGCGCAGAAGAAGCGCAAGAUGGACGAGUUAUAA